AUUCUCAACUAUUUUUCCUUCAUAAUUACCUAAAUAAAAUGGCUUCUCUCAUCAAUACAACUCUUUCUUUUUUACUUCAACUUUCAAUUGUUCUUUCUUUCUUUCAUUUCUGUGUAGCAACCAGGAAACUUGAAGAACAAACUGAUCUGUAUAAGUUCCAUUACCAUAAUGGCCCUCUUCUUACUGGUAAAAUCUCAAUUAACCUUAUUUGGUAUGGCAAGUUCAAGCCCAAUCAACGUGCAAUUAUCUCAGAUUUCAUCACCUCUUUAUCCUCUUCUUCAACAAAAAUCUCUCCCAACCAACCAUCUGUAGCCACGUGGUGGAAAUCGACUGAUAAAUAUUUCAGUUUACUAAAAUCCAAAAAAUCAUCUCCUUUAUUUCUAUCACUUGGUAAUCAAAUAUUCGACGAGAGUUAUUCUCUUGGAAAAUCACUUAAAGAUGAACAUAUUAAACAAUUAGCAGCUAAAGGCGAUCAAAAAAAUGCAAUUAACAUUGUGUUAACGGCGUCUGACGUAGCCGUUGAUCGGUUCUGUACCAGCCGAUGUGGGACACAUGGAUCUUCUUUGAGUCCCAACAAUACCCCUCCCAAGGGGAAGAUUUACAAAUUUGCCUAUAUUUGGGUUGGUAAUUCGGAGACGCAAUGUCCAGAUCAAUGCGCAUGGCCGUUUCACCAACCCAUCUACGGACCACAGGGUCCAGCCCUGGUCGCACCCAACAAUGAUGUGGGCUCGGAUGGGAUGGUGAUAAACUUGGCUAGCUUAUUGGCUGGGACCGUGACGAACCCUUUUGGAAAUGGUUACUAUCAAGGAUUAGCUGACGCGCCACUAGAGGCAGCGUCAGCUUGUCCUGGAGUUUAUGGGAGUGGGGCCUACCCGGGAUACGCUGGCAAUUUGUUGGUGGAUCCUACUACUGGUGCUAGCUACAAUGCGCAUGGUGCUAAUGGGAGGAAGUUCUUGCUACCGGCGUUAUUUAACCCUUCCACAUCCUCAUGUUCUACUUUGGUUUGAAGAAAUUAUGUUUUUAAUUAAUUAGUGGGUUAGUUAUAAAGAGAGUUGUACUAAGGGAAAUUUAGUUAAUAGGAAAUUCUUUGAUUCUAU